CUCACAUUCUCACUUCUUGGAGGCGUCUUUGCAAACGUCUUCUCGAAGGUUUCCCUUCUCUUCUGCCGAUCCUUUCUCGAUCAAUACAGUCAUAUUUGGAGCUGUCAAUUGUUAGCGAAAAUGAGAGAGUGCAUUUCGAUCCACAUUGGACAGGCCGGCAUCCAGGUUGGAAAUGCCUGCUGGGAGUUGUACUGCCUCGAGCAUGGCAUCCAGCCUGAUGGUCACAUGCCCAGUGACAAGACGGUGGGUGGAGGUGACGACGCCUUCAAUACGUUUUUCAGUGAGACGGGAGCCGGGAAGCACGUUCCUCGUGCGGUCUUCCUCGACCUGGAACCUACUGUCAUCGAUGAAGUUCGGACUGGUACCUAUCGUCAGUUGUUCCACCCCGAGCAGCUGAUCAGCGGAAAGGAGGACGCGGCGAACAAUUUCGCCCGUGGUCACUACACCAUUGGGAAAGAGAUCGUGGAUCUCUGCCUCGACCGGAUCCGGAAGCUGGCAGACAACUGCACCGGUCUGCAAGGUUUCCUGGUUUUCAACGCUGUCGGAGGAGGAACUGGAUCUGGUUUGGGAUCCCUCCUUCUGGAAAGACUGUCUGUCGACUAUGGGAAGAAGUCGAAGCUCGGUUUUACCGUAUAUCCUUCUCCUCAGGUCUCGACUUCUGUUGUCGAGCCAUACAACAGUGUCUUAUCUACCCACUCUCUUCUCGAGCACACAGAUGUUGCUGUUCUUCUCGAUAACGAGGCGAUCUACGACAUUUGCAGGCGCUCACUCGACAUUGAGCGCCCUACCUACACAAACCUGAACAGGCUUGUAUCUCAGGUUAUUUCCUCCUUGACAGCGUCCCUUCGCUUCGACGGGGCCCUUAAUGUCGACGUUACUGAAUUUCAGACCAACUUGGUGCCGUACCCCCGAAUCCACUUCAUGCUCUCGUCCUAUGCGCCUGUAAUCUCAGCUGAGAAGGCUUACCACGAACAGCUUUCUGUCGCGGAGAUCACGAACAGCGCAUUUGAGCCAUCUUCCAUGAUGGCCAAAUGCGACCCUCGACACGGAAAAUACAUGGCCUGCUGUCUAAUGUACAGAGGUGAUGUUGUGCCGAAGGAUGUGAAUGCCGCAGUUGCCACUAUCAAGACGAAGAGGACUAUUCAGUUUGUGGAUUGGUGCCCUACUGGAUUCAAGUGCGGUAUUAACUACCAACCACCAACAGUCGUGCCCGGGGGUGAUCUUGCCAAGGUUCAGAGAGCAGUGUGCAUGAUCUCGAACUCAACAAGUGUUGCGGAAGUAUUUUCCAGAAUCGAUCACAAGUUCGACCUCAUGUAUGCCAAGCGUGCAUUCGUUCACUGGUACGUCGGUGAAGGUAUGGAGGAGGGUGAGUUCUCUGAGGCCCGCGAGGAUCUCGCCGCUCUUGAGAAGGAUUACGAAGAAGUCGGUGCCGAGUCAGCCGAGGGAGACGAAGGCGACGAAGGCGAUGAUUACUAAGGUGGUCAAGAGUCGAUGCCUUCCUGAAAUCUCACAUUAUAGCUGAACGUGUACUUGUUUCCAUGGAUAAGCAAUAAGAAUGCCGGCAUAUUACGCUACAUUCAUACAUUCUCAUCAUUCCCGUCUCGCUUGC